AUGGUCCUUGUAAACGCUCAAGACCCCACGCCCGGGGCUGCGUCCUCGGGUCGUACCGUACUGCCGGAUUAUGUUACCACUCCAAAUGCAGUUUUUGGCGACGAAGGAGUCCAAUGGAGAUAUGGAAGGGCGCCAGACUACACAAAGACGCGCAAGGUUUGGAGGGAGGGCAAAAAAAUGAGCCAUAAGGCUGGUAGUCUUGAAGAGAUCGUGGAAAACCUCGUAAAAAAUUGGGAAGUAGAGGCUUCAUUCAAGACAAAGCUCGAUGACUGGCGGACUGUCGACCAUGCCAAGUACACAUUCUCCGUCAACGGCGGGCCGCCACAGACGGGUGAGCACAUGCUCAAGGUGGGCACUUAUAAUGCUGUCAUUACACCCAACGAGUACUACAGCCCUGAUUACUCCGACUUCGCGUCAAGCCACAAGACUUUCAAAAGAAUGAUGCCCACCUUCGCUUGGGAGGUACUUGAAGUCUACAGCGGCCCACCCUGUGUGGCUUUUAGGUGGCGUCAUUGGGGAGUUAUGAAGAACGACUACGUCGGAUUCAAUGACAAAGGAGACAAGGUCACGGCUAAGGCUCAUGGCGGGCCCAUUGAUAUUGAGGGUGUGACAAUCGCAAGGGUAGAUGAUCAACUUCGUUUGCAGGCUGUAGACACGUGGUUCGAUUCACUGCAGAUGUUCCGCCAGAUUGCCCCGGAUGGAGUAGUCAGUAAGGAGGCCAAAGUUGACAACCGCGGGCCGGAAGCCAGAUUCGACGAGGCAGUGGCGUACGACGUCAAGCUAUCACCCGAGGAAAUAAGUAAACUGCAUAGCAACGUCGCAAAUGGUCAAAGGUCGGGAGGAUGCCCCGUAAUGAUGAACAAGGAGUAG